AUGAAAGUUGCCGAAGAUAUCGAUACAAAUCAUCCAACUGAUAUAAGCAAAAUGGAUAUUGAUAAUACAAAUGAAGUUAAAUCGAAGGUUAAUGAUGAUACUAAUUUAUGGAAUUUCACCAUUUAUGCUAUUAUGCCUCCUUGUCGAACGUUUGUUGCUCCUGAACAUAAACCAUUAAUUAUUGUUGAUAAAUCAGCAGCUUGCGCUGAACGGUUUGACUUUAUUGGUGCUAUUAAUGGACCACAAAUAAUGCCUUAUAUGACUUUAACACCUACUGAUCGCAAAAAGAAAGAUGUCAAAGGUGUCCGAAAAGAAGUUGUAAAUGAAUAG